CCGAGAAGAAAGAAAGAACCCAUCUCUGUCCGUCCUCCAUGUUGAAUCCCACAACAGGAUGGACUACGCUCUUCUCACCUCCGUUUUUACCAACUGUCUUCAAGCACUCAAGUAAACCCCACCCAAACCCUAACAGCUGUUCGCCAAUAAUCUCCACCUUUCGAGCUCUCAGAUUGGGCUAUGAACCAAGAGCCGAGCUAGGCCCCGUCUGUUGCGCAAGGCGGAGGUCAGGUAUGAAGAAGAGGAAGAAGAAGAAGAAGAAGAAUAUGAGUAUAAUAAGGAGAUUGCGAUGCUUGAAUUGUACACUCAAUCUGCCCCAGGAGAGGCAGUUCUUGUGCACGCACUUCUGGAUCAGGAAGAGGUAGAAGUGCUUAUUUUUAAGGUGAUUCUUACAUACUAUCCUCUGACCAAUAUAAUUAUGAUAAAGUUUACUGCCAAUAAAGCUUCGUUGGAGGAUCGAGUUCUCUUAUGUGGGUUCUCCUCAUGCUUGAGCCACGGAACCUCACCUGACCCAUCAAGAAGUGUUGUUCCAGCCAGGGCGGUAAUAAAGUCCAUUGACAGAAUCAAAGGACCAUUUAAUCCCUGGAAUAUAGAAUAUCUAGAGAAAGACCUCAAUUGGGACUCCUUCAAGGCACGCCUGUCUGUUUCCUAGUAAUCUCUUACAAUAAACUUAGGAGAUUCAUUGAAAAAAUCAAUAAACUAGGUAGCACUUU